GCCGAGCAAACGGCGACAGGUCGACAGCAGGAACCACGAACAUCACUGAGCGAUAAAUAGGAGAUAAUUUCAAGACUGAAUUAGUCCGAACACGGCUGAACACUCCGCAGGGAUGACGGCUCUAACUAGCUGGGAGCUGUGCGUAAAGUACGCGCUCUUCAUCUUCAACUUCGUCUUCUGGCUGGCAGGAACCGCCGUGCUCGCUGUGGGACUCUGGCUGCGUUUUGACUCCAGGACAGCAGGACUGUUCGAAGGGGAGGAGUCGCCCUCCGUCUUCUUUACGGGCGUGUAUAUCCUGAUUGCAGCGGGGGCUCUGAUGAUGGUGGUGGGCUUCCUGGGAUGCUGCGGAGCCAUCAAAGAGUCGCCUUGCAUGCUGGGACUGUUCUUCUUCUUCCUGCUUCUCAUCUUCGCUGCAGAAGUGGCUGCCGGGAUCUGGGGUCUUUCCAACAGCGACCAGGUGGUGGAGGACAUCACAGAGUUUUAUAAACAGACUUACGCCAACUACAAGGACACCAAACAACCAGCGCUGAAGGAGACCCUCCGCCUCAUCCACUUUGGACUCGACUGCUGCGGUCCAACAGGAACAGUGAUCGAUGCUGCCAGAGAUAUCUGCCCCAAGCAGGAGGGGCUGCAGGUCCUCGUCACCAAGAGCUGCCCCGCUGCUAUCGACGAGGUGUUUAACAACAAGCUGCACAUCAUUGGUGGAGUCGGCAUCGGCAUUGGAGUCAUUAUGAUCUUCGGGAUGAUCUUCAGCAUGAUGCUUUGCUGUGCCAUUAAAAGGUCUAGGGACUAUGUGUAAAAACCCAUGAAACUCCGUCCACCUUUAACUCUGCUGCUGCUUCAAAUCAUUUAAGUAAGAAUAACAACGUUUGUCCCUCCGUGUGCUGCUUGGGUCCAUACAGGAUGGCCUCGUCGACCUGUGAGAGUAUGGCUCCUUUUCAAUGACGCCUCUUUAACUCCUCCACUCUGUGUGGUCUGCAGCGAGUUAUUUAUACCCAAAGUAAACUGAUAAGUGAUAACUGAUACAAUCUUUUAAAUCAAAAAACAUACUUUUCAUAAUAGGACAGGUUUGAGCAUAUGCAGGUGAAAGGAGACUUUUGCAACUCUGCUGCCCCCUGGUGGACGCCCCAUUUUCUUUAAAUCCUUUCUUUUUAAGUUAUGUUUACAAAAUCUGCUAAAAGUUUGAGCUAACAGGGUUUUUGCAGCUAAAUGAAUGUUAAUGACCCAUGUUUUAUUUUAAAGCUGCAUGUUAGAAGCUUUGAUUAUUUUUUUAUUUUAUGAGUUUUAUGCAAAUGAUUUAAUGAUUGCAGUUCAUGUCUUUAAGAUGUCAAAUAAAUGAACUAAAACAAAGA